AGCUCUGGAAACAGCUCAUUGUCACUCACCUUGCUCAACUCAGUUCCACCCAAUCCCAUCCUGCCCAGUUCCCGCAGGGCAGAGCUCCAGGGAGAAGCCUGGAAUUGUAGCAGGGUGAACUUGACCUCUAGGAAUCGGCCACUGGUGGGCGUAGCAGCCAUUCAUGAGUAUCCGACCAUACAGAAAGAAGAACUUCACCCACUUCUUGUCAUUCUGAAAGACUGUGAAACCGGACUUCAAUCUCCAUCAUCUCACAGGAAGCUAAGCACUUCCUUCUCGAUCUGGACCUUGAACCUUGAAAUCAUAGAGUCUCUAAAAGCUCCAGUAACAGAAGCUGUGUGAACGAAAUCCUGUGGAGCCAGAAGCCCACCGCCUUUAACAGCAGAGUCAGUAUAGAAACCAUCGUCCUCGACCCACAGAAGGCGCCAGGAUGCAGCUUACCACCACCAUGGAGGACUUCUCGACCACUGAAUACGACUAUGGGGACACAACCCCGUGCCAGAAGGUGGAUGUGAGGGCCUUUGGAGGCAAAUUGCUGCCCCCUUUGUACUCCCUGGUCUUUGUCAUCGGCUUGAUUGGCAACAUCCUGGUGGUCCUAGUCCUCGUGCAGCACAGGAGACUCCAGAGCAUGACCAGCAUCUACCUCCUCAACCUGGCCAUCUCCGACCUGCUCUUCCUCUUUACCCUGCCCUUCUGGAUUGACUACAAGUUGAAGGACAACUGGGUUUUCAGUAAUGCCACGUGCCAGCUGCUCUCUGGGCUUUAUUACCUGGGCUUGUACAGCGAGAUCUUUUUCAUCAUCCUGCUGACCAUCGACAGGUACCUGGCCAUCGUCCAUGCUGUGUUUGCAUUGCGGGCCCGCACUGUCACGUUUGGCAUCGUCACGAGCCUCGUCACCUGGGCCCUGGCCAUCCUGGCUGCCGUCCCUGGCUUUUACUUUUCCAAGGUCCAGUGGGAGUUCACCCGAUACACCUGCAGCCUUCACUUCCCCCGCCAAAGCCUGAGAGAAUGGAAACGGUUCCAGGCUCUGAAACUGAACAUCCUGGGGCUGGUGCUGCCUCUCUUGGUCAUGAUCGUCUGCUACACAGGGAUCAUAAGUAUUCUGCUCAGCCGGCCAAACGAGAAGAAGGCCAAAGCCGUCCGCUUGAUUUUUGCCAUCAUGCUCAUCUUCUUCCUCUUUUGGACGCCCUACAAUCUGACCAUGUUCCUUUCUGCUUUCCAAGAGUACCUGUUCACCAACCAGUGUGUGCAGAGCAAGCAGCUGGACCUGGCCAUUCAAGUGACCGAGGUGAUCGCCUAUACUCACUGCUGCGCCAACCCCAUCAUCUAUGUCUUUGUGGGCGAGCGGUUCCGGAAGUACCUCCGCCAAUUGUUCCGCAGGCACGUGGCCGUGCACCUGGCCAAGUGGCUGCCCUUCCUCUCUGUGGACCGGCUGGACAGGGCCAGCUCCAUGACUCCAUCUACCGGGGAGCAUGAACUCUCUGCUGGGUUCUGACUCAGACCCCUGGAGGCCAAUCAAGGUGCCGGUGGGACCGACCUGUUCCUUGUGCCACCAGGGCAGGGUGAGGAGGAAACACAGUUCUCCCAGCUAGCUUCUGACACCUGACAUAGCUUGGGAUUAUAGACACUUGGGGUUAGGGGAUCUUCAAGGUGGUGGCCUAGAUGAAAUUAGUUCUGGGGCUUCAAUCUUUUCAUGAACUUCUCCCUGGCGGGGAAGAGAUGAGUGAGUGAAAUGGUACAGUCCAAAGCCAGAGACAAUGUGUGACAGGGAGGGGCUUGGACAUCAGACUUGUGAACAUUAGCAUUUGCAAACAAAGCCAUUGUGUAACAGACCCAACCCCUACCUCCUCCCACAAUGGACUGGAAGCAUGGUUUCUGCAACUGACUUGACCUUGAACCCUGGAGCCAAUAAGUGGCCAGGAGCUGCCUGCUCUGCCCGCUUCCACUGCAGGGCCUGGGCUCUUGGAAGCCCUGGGGAACAUGGAACUCAGAGUGACAGAGAUUGACACCAACUGGGAAAAAGAAUUGAGGACCUGCUUUUGGACACGGAAUGAGAAAGCCCUUAGAAUUUUAUGUUUGCUAAAAUCAAACACUUCAGCAGUAGGCUGAACGUAGACCAGACAAUGUGCUUCCUGAUACUCAUAAAAGGAAGUGAUUCCUCAUUUCCAUUUGCUACUCUUUUCUUUCUGAAGACUUUUUUUUUUUUUUUUUUUUUUUUUUUAAGAAUCUUCCUUCCUUGCGAGUUGAAUGUGUUGGUAAAUUCUGACGAUUUUAUUGCAGAAAUUACUAGUGGGUUAAAGGAAGCAUUGUUGGUUUUCUUUCUUCUGGAUUGGAGCUGUGAUUGCCCUAUUGGGUCUUGUAGCAGAAAAAUAACUACUGUGCCAGUUGGCAGUGUCUGAGGUUGGAGCUGGGGAUGCCCCCGAGGAGGCUCAGGGGCCCUUAACACAAAGCAGCUCAUGUACCCAGAAUUUCCUUCACACUUCAUCUUUAACCAAGGACCCCACCCCCUUUUUAUCAUUCACAGUCCGCAGAUGUAUAUUUCUUUAAACAUCAUUUUCCCAAUAAGAAAAACUUGUCUCUAAGAAACUUAACAUGCCAAGGAAAAAGAAAACCGAUACUGAAAUCAUACCAUCAUCUACCCAAAGACAGCGACGGUAACUUUGGGGAUGUAUUUUCAUUUCUUUUUCUGUGUAUAUUUAUAACAAAGCUAGACUGGAGUUGAACUCACUUCUCUGUUAUUCUGUUUAGUUAGCAAUACGCUGUGAUCACUUCCCCAGGGCAAUAAAUCAUUUCAAAGCAUU